UGUAUCUGUUAUUUAACUAUAUUGAACGGAUAAUUUAUCUAUUAAUAAUAAUAUACAUAAUAUUGCGAUUACAAUGUUUUACUGAUAUUUAAUCAGACAAGCCUGCUCCGCAUUGUCAGUGUGUGUGCAUAUUUUGUACCGAUAACAUGAUAAAUAAAGUUGCUAUUGUUACUGGAGCCAAUAAAGGCAUUGGUUUUGGAAUAGUGAAAGAGUUAUGUAGACGUGGAGUCAGUCAUGUUUAUCUUACGUCUCGUGAUGUAAAAAAAGGUUUAGAAGCUGUUAAUAAUCUAAAACGAGAAGGUUACAAUCCUUUUUUUCACCAACUCGACAUAACAAACGAAGAAAGUGUUAUAAGGUUCGCUGGUUUUGUUAAAAUAGAGUUGAGGGGAAUUGAUAUUUUAUUUAAUAAUGCUGCAGUCGCAGGUGAUAACGUAACAGGAGCAACAUAUGAAGACGCGAAAAACGUUAUCAGUGUCAACUUUGAUAGCAUUCUCACUAUUGAAAAGUAUAUCUUUCCGUUGUUAAAUAAUAACGCACGUGUUAUCAACAUGUCUAGUGAUCUCGGGCACUUAUCUAAACUGAAGAAUAAAUAUUGGAUUAAUACUCUAUCAAAAGAUAACUUAACGUUAGAAAAUGUCAAAAAUUUUACGGAUUGGUUUUUAGACGCGGUAAGGAAUAAUACUUUGAAAGAAGAAGACUUUUCGUUGCCUUAUUUUUUAUCGUAUGUAGUAUCAAAAAUCGCUUUGUCUGCCUACACGAGAAUACAGCAGAAAAAAAUUGAGAGAGGAAUUUCUAUAAAUUCGUUGCACCCGGGCUUUGUGAAAACGUCGAUGACGAAGGACACAGGUAUGCUGACUAUCGAGCAAGCCAGUGAUGCUCCCGUUUAUUUGGCUUUGGAUGCUGAUCAAUCUAUCAAAGGCAAAUACGUUUGGUUUGACAAAACCGAAAAAGAUUGGACUAAUAUUUCACUAGACCUAAAUUACAUUGAUCCAAGCGAAUUUAAAGAAUUAUUGGAUCGGAGAGCUAAAGAAAUGCACUAAGAGCUUUAGUAUUAUAGUUAUUCAACUUCCUUUGUAUUUAUCUUGUAAUGUCAAAAAAUCUUAAUAAAAUAUUCCUUUUUCUUUUACUUAUA